AUGUCUUGGCAAGCUUAUGUUGAUGAUCAAUUAAUUGGAACCGGCCAAAUUGCAAAGGCAGCCAUACUCGGUGGUAGUGACGGUAGUACAUGGGCAAUCAAGCCAGCUGACUUUUUGAAACCAGGUGAAGGUCCCGCUCUUGUUGCACUCUUCAAAUCACCAGCAGAUGUCUUUUCCAAAGGUAUUACCAUUGGUGGUGUUAAAUAUAUGGGUAUCAAGGGAGAUCCAAGAAGUAUCUACGGUAAGAAAGGUGCUACCGGUAUUGUCUGUGUCAAGACCAACCAAAGUAUAGUCGUUGGUUAUUACAACGAAAUGCAACAACCAGGUAACGCUGCCAAUGUUGUUGAAAAACUCGGUGACUACCUCAUCGAUAACAGCUAUUAA